AUGGACCAGGACCGCAAGACAUGGAACGAAAAGAAGGUGAUCGUUCCGGAUGUUCCGCUCCAAGUGGUGAUGGUUGAUAGUGCUAGAAUGCAUCCCUCUUCUAGGUUUCUUCUCUCGAAUACUCGCAUUUACUUCCCGUCCGAGGUUGGGCUGCUCGGAAAGACUCUCUGCAAGCGCCCGCCAGCUAGCGUCUUGGACGCCCAUCUUGGCACUAUGGGUGCUCAACUUGGCGUUGACAGCUUGAAGGCUAGAGUUGAGGCUGUUGAGGCCCAGGGAGUUGGCUCACGGCAUGGCAGACAGUCGAUCUCGGGAGAUGUCUGCAAUGCAACUGCAUUCCACCCCCCACGCUUGCCCGCCGCGGCGCCGCCAUCUCGGUCCCGCAUCUCAGUCAAGCCAAGUUCCCCGACCUCAACUUUCGCCAUGAGUAAGGACCGACGAUCGUACACGCGUCUCGCCGCUCCUCAUGUUCACGACGCACCGUUGAAUCAAGGUUUGAUCUGGGUGCAUGCAGCCCCUCAACCGCUAACCCGAUUUUAA